AAAUGGUUGUGUCCCUAGUCUCACCCAAACUUUUCCAUUACUUUAUACAAUGCUAGACGGGUUCAGAUUGAAACACCACUAGACAACCAAUCACUCCCCAAAAGUUGAAUCGUCACACAGGAAAAAGUUCAAUUCCAAUGUUCAACGUUAGAAUUAUUCUCGGUAUCGUCGUGUUUCUGAUUUUGAACCAUGCCGAAUCAGUCGCAGAACACGAUCUGCCUCGCGUUAUCACUCCACUUCCUGCGCCUAAGAUAACCGACCUUCCUCAGUUUCAAGGACAGCACAAGGAGAGUUUGUAUUGGGGAACGUAUCGUCCUCAAGUCUAUCUGGGAGUUCGUGCCAGGACUCCAAAAUCUUUGAUUGCUGGAUUGAUGUGGAUUGUGGUGAAAGAUAGGAAAUAUCACUUGCGGCAUGUUUGCAAACAUGAGGAUGACCUAAGUACUUAUGGUUGGACUAAGCACAAUGGACGUGAUUUUGGACAUCAAGUGCUGGUUGACCAGGGCAUGACCUUGACUACUGAGUUUUUAAAAUCUAAAGAGGAAGGCAGUGCCUAUGGAGGAGAUUGGGCAGUUCGAAUUAAUGUGCAAGCUCAUAAGUCCAAGUGGAUUGAGGAAUUUGGAAAAGGUGCCCACCUUUUUUUCUAUAUGGCAGACGAAGGUGCUAAUGCUCUAAAUUUAAGUAGAGAAAACUUAAACAUUCUUGAGGAUUCUUUACUGGCAUCUGGGUCUCAUGCGGACACUGGAGACUGGCAGCUUCAUCUGAAAUCAAUGGAUGAUUUGGAGCUGCAUUAUUCUGGAUUUCGCACUCCUCAUUUUCACAAUUUGUCUGAUCUUGUCGAGGAAAAUCUUUCAUCACAAAUAAGAAAGAAUGCUCGACUGCUGCUGUCUGACUCAUCAGAUGAUUCUCCAAAUGUGUUAGUUUUUCAGAUUAUUGGUGGAUUUUCUUUCACAACAGAUGUUAUAUUUAUCUCUGGAACUCGUUCAGAAAGUUCAAGAGUGGAAGAGCGUGUCAGUAGUCUUUCAGGAACCUCAUUGUCCAAUCAACUGAAAUAUAAAGAACAAGCAUUUGAUGAAAAGUUUGACAAAGUUUUCAAUUUAGAAGAGAAGGUGGACUCAGAAUCCAUAUCGGUUGGUAAGGCAGCUGUUGGAAACUUAUUAGGUGGCAUCGGCUACUUCUAUGGCCAGUCAAAAAUUGCUGUUUCGGGAAUCACCAAUCUUGGAGAUCAUGUUAAUUAUAUAUCAUAUUGGCCUGCUGAGCUUUACACAGCAGUACCAUGUCGACCUUCCUUUCCAAGAGGAUUUUUAUGGGAUGAAGGUUUUCAUCAACUUAUAAUCUGGCGUUGGGAUAUCCAUAUUUCACUGGAUAUCAUCGGACACUGGUUGGAUUUGAUGAAUGUUGAUGGAUGGAUACCUCGUGAACAAAUUCUCGGAGACGAAGCACUGAGCCGGGUCCCUGAGGAAUAUGUUCCUCAGCAUCCUACUAAUGGAAAUCCUCCAACCCUGUUCUUAGCAUUAAGAGAUAUAAUAAAUGGCUUGAAGAAUAAUGAGUUUACUGCAUUGGAUAAAACUGACAUCCUUGCAUUCCUGGAGCGAGCUUUUGUUCGAUUAGAAGCAUGGUUCCAUUGGUUCCAUACAACUCAAUCAGGGAAACAGAUGAGCAGCUACUAUUGGCAUGGACGAAACAAUAAGACUAUAUAUGAAUUAAAUCCCAAGACACUGUCCUCUGGAUUUGAUGAUUAUCCGCGUGCUUCACACCCGACUGCAGACGAACGCCAUGUGGAUCUUAGAUGUUGGAUAUUACUUGCAGCAGAAUCUUUGCAUUCCAUUGAAGAGUUAUUGGAGAAGGAAACUACACCUGCCAUGAAUUAUGGUUACACUGCUCAAUUGCUAUCAGAUAUCAAGUUACUGAACCAGAUGCAUUUUGAUGAUGCAUAUGGAGCUUAUUUUGACUUUGGGAAUCAUACAGAAAAGGUUCAACUUAAAUGGAAAGAUGUGGAUAUAGGACACAACCAUACUGAUCGCCAGCUUGUCAGGGAUGUUUCAGAGAGACCUGUAUUGAGAUUGGUUCCUCACAUUGGUUAUGUUAGCCUAUUCCCAUUCAUGGGGAAGAUCAUUCCAUCUGGAUCAUGGAUUCUGGAAAAGCAGCUUGAACUCAUUUCAAAUCACAGCCUCUUUUGGACUGACUAUGGACUACGAUCGCUUGCCACCACAAGCUCCUUGUAUAUGAAAUUCAACUCAGAGUCUGAGGGCCCAUACUGGAGAGGUCAAAUUUGGAUAAACAUAAAUUACAGAGUUCUUUCAGCGCUCCACCAUUACUCCAAAGAGAAUGGACCAUAUCAGGACAGAGCCAAAGCUAUCUACAAAGACCUGAGAAGCAAUUUAAUUAGAAAUAUAGUACGCAAUUAUCAAGAGACUGGAUUUUUAUGGGAACAGUAUGAUCAGAAUAGCGGUGAGGGAAAAGGGUCGCAUCCAUUUACUGGCUGGACAUCUCUUGUUGUAUUAAUCAUGGCGGAAGAAUAUGACAGAGUUUAGCACAUUAUCCAAUUCUCAUAAUGCUAUUAUACUGCAACAAACCAUAGUAAACCUCCACCAAUUCCCUUGGUGCGUAAUGAAUAAUGUAGCCAUCAUAUCAAUAGAACAUACAUAGCCCUCUCGAUAACGGGCAUCACAAGCUAUUCAAUGACAUCAACAUACGAUCCAAUCUAUUGUUCCAAUCGCAAGCUUGGCAAAUUUAU